AUGAGUGUCAUGAUACAGUCGGCCAUUCGGGUAGUUCAACCCUCCCAUAACACCAAACGGCCUCGCGUGCAACAUGUAGCUGAGCGGAAGAGCAUGGACGACUUCACCUACGACGUCCGGUGUCUCUUCGAGGCACCGCUGGAAACAGAGCGCUUGCUGGCUAUAUCACUACAACUACAGGAGGAAUGUAGAGAAAGACUACGGAAGUCGGAUAUAUCCAUGCUACCCUCAUAUCAACACACACUACCGACGGGUAACGAAUGUGGUGACUUUCUCGCGCUGGACGUGGGUGGUUCGACAUUCCGCAUUGCUCUCAUACGGCUUACUGGAAAGUCGAAACCUGGCGGCGAUGGGUUGCAGAUUAGACGUAUACGGAGUUUUCACAUUGACGAGCAGAUUCGCGGCUUGCAAGGACAGGCAUUUUUCGAUUGGAUGGCUGAUCGAAUGGGCGACAUGCUCGGUCAAUACCGAUACAUGUGUGGUGCGCCGGAGAAACCGCUGCUGAUGGGUCUCACAUGGUCCUUUCCGUUGGAGCAGACCUCACCACGAAGCGGAAAGUUACUCGCUAUGGGAAAGGGAUUCAAAGCUACCUGGGGAGUGGAUGGCGAGGAUUUGAGUGAGCUCAUCAUGCGAUCUUGCACUCGCAAAGGACUGAACGUCGAAAUGCGUGCGAUUGUCAACGAUGGAGCGGCAACUUUGAUGUCACAAGCUUACCGAGACCCGUCGACACGAAUGUCGUUGAUCUUGGGCACUGGCACAAAUGCUGGAGUUUUCCUUCCAGUGAAGGCACUCCACCCUGCAAAGUUUGGAGAGAGACCCGAUAGCUGGUACGCAGAAGCUCACCGUGUUCUCAUCAACACUGAGCUCAGCAUGGUCGGAAAAGACGUCCUCCCUACAACGCGGUGGGAUGACAUGCUCAACGCCGACCACCCUUUACCGGACUUUCAACCUCUGGAAUACCUCAUCACCGGUCGCUACCUGGGCGAAAUCGUACGUUUGAUACUUUUAGACGCCACCGAAACGAUAGAUCUUUUCAAUGGACAGAUACCCGAAGGCUUGGACCAGCCUUACAGCUUCGAUUCCCGCAUUAUUGCGGCAUUUGAGAGCGAUACGACGCCCACGCUUGACACUGCAAAAGCUACAUUCAUACAGGCACAUCCCUCCCGGUCUACAAUCCGGCUCUGCGAGCUUGAGUUCAUCCGCGACGUUGCCGGACUGGUGUCACGACGAGCAGCGGCUUACCUCGCCACUGCUUUGCAUGCACUGUGGGUCAUUCGCACGGAGGCAGAACAUCUCGAGCCGGGCGAAGCGACACAUGUUACAGUGGCUUGUAAUGGCACCGUCAUCGAGAAGUAUCCUAGAUAUAAGGAACUCUGCCAGCAACAUCUCGACGACAUGUGCGAACGAUCUGGAGCUUCACGGGGUGCCGUGACUUUGAAGAUGGCUCCUGAGAGCUCCAUCUUCGGAGCGGCGGUCGCAGUUGCCUGCAUGGAAGAUGGACUAUGA